AUGACCUAUAGCACACAGGGCAACAAGUCUCUGGAAGUCGACACCAACGGAUCGACUUUCUACGUCGUUGGAGGUAUCACCACGCCUUCAAAUAUCUCCAGCGAGGUUAUUUCCUUCGAUGUCAACAAUGGGACUUGGACUCAACUUACCCAACUCCCCAAUACUGGUCGAACAAAAAUGGCCUGUGCUGUACAGAAGGACACGCUUGUCAUCUGGGGAGGAUUUACUGAUGCUUUGGAGAGUAUUGUCUCAGACGGCACCCCGUUAUUGCUUGAUAUCACAAAAAAUGUAUGGAUCCAUGAUUUUGGGAACUCAACCCAGACUGGACCUGGUUCUAGUCCGACCCUUCCAACCGAAAAGAAAGGUCAGUCCAAUCUAGGAGCCAUUAUUGGAGGAAUCGUUGGCGGUCUGGCAGUAGUCGCACUGGUGGCUGGGUUCUUUGUCUUUAGACGGAGAAGGGUACGCAAUACGAAAUCUGGGGCCCAGGUGCUUCCUAGAGGCGCACCACCUCCGCCGUCGUUGAGUGGGAAGAGUGCCGGCGGACAAGUCAAUGUGCCCAUGAAUGAGUACACCACCAUUAGCUCUCCAUUUGUUGCUGAUGACAACACGAGUUAUCGGAUAUCGACAGGGGCCCCACCGCUGUACGGUGCUCCUGCGCUUCAGCCUGUCAGUGCGCCGUUGUCGAACCAGAACCAGAACCAGAACCAGAACGGAUCGUUUCUUUCCCAGCCAGUGCAGCCUUAUUCGAUGCCCUUCCAGGCGCCCCCGAUUCCUGUGCGGCCUUUGUCAGGAUCUCCGAAGGGACCGACGAUCGAGUCUCCGUUUGAGGUGGGGACAGAGUCGAGUGCGCACCAUCCAUUGUUGUCAGGAUUGUCUGCUGGGCCAGUAUCGGGUAGUAUUGGUGGUGGUGGUGGAGAUGGGCAUUAUCCUGUAUCUGCUUCUGGACCAGGAGGAGCGCUUUCUCCGUCGAUGGAUGCGGCGUCGAUGGAUGCGGUGUCGGUGGACUUGAUUCCGUGUGAGGCGAGUGAGGCGGGAGACCAUGAUCACUCGAGGUCGAACUCGAUUGUGUUGAACCGAGCGGGUCCUCUUGUUCAGAUUGGGUCAUUGAGUGGGCCAGUGCGGGGAAAGAGCGUCAGCCAGGGCCCAAGCCAGGGCCCAAGCCAGAGCCAUAUCAACGGUCAUAGCAAUGGCCAGGGCAAUGACAAGGCAGAGCUGGUUGAGGAUGGGGUGGACGGUCGACGCGACUCUACGGAGACUCUUGAAUACUUGGAGAUCUUGUAG